CAAGCCGUUACAAUGUAGUCCCUAAUAAAAUAUCAUUCGUGAGCUCGUUCCGAGCUCACCGUGGAUUAGUCUCGAUCAAUCAAUCGAUCGAGGAUACCACAUAAAAUCGUGUGUUCUGUGUUCUGUCGUUCUUCCGCAUCAUCAAAUUCUGCAUGGUAUCAGAGCGAAACUCGAUCCUUGAUUAGGGUUUUGAGCUUCCGCAGUCAAGGCGAAGUCCAAGCUACCUUCACAGUAGCCACCGCCGGUAGUCAAUUCAAUGUUGGCGUCCCUCCAACAUCAUCCAGGCGUUCUCUCGAUAGUCACGGUUGCCGUUGAAAGAAGAGCCGAUGUCCACUCUGGCCUUCUACUCCGGAUCCGGUAUCAUAGUCGGCGAAGUCCUUCCGGCAGUUAAGAAUGAGAUCUCUAGUCCGCCGUCGUCAUCAUCAUCGAUUGUGCUCUUGUUAUUAAUCGUCGUCCUUGCCACGGCUGGUUGUCAUCAUCGUUGGUCGAAGCUUUCGUUGCGGCGUCGCCUUGCAUCGAGGCGCCUUCGCGUCAUGUUCAGCAACGAUGACCUUGUCGUCAAUCACGCGGACUUGUCCGUCUCCAGAUCGCCAGUCAAAGUCCAUUAUUGCUCAGGUCAGUGGGGAUCUCUUCAUCAACGUCACGGAGAACUUCUAAAGUUUGACGACUUCACCUCACAGCUUUCACCCGUCUGAGUGGCGGCUUUCAUCUCUUGCCGCAGCAUCCACUAUCGCAAAAACAAAGGUUUGGUUAAAUUGUCCAUGUUCUUUGGUGGAGGUCUCCUCCACAUAAUAGCCAGACUCUCACGUGAACUCCAUGAUGGGGAAACUUCUAUAGCUAAGUUCUGUGCACCCCCCGGAAUUCCAUGUCUGGGUCUGUUUUGUCAUUUUGUGGUAUCCUUUGGUCAAUUCAGCUUGGGAUCACGGUUGGUAGGAGUUUGUCGGUCAAAGUAAUUACAUGGUCAUGGUUGAAAAUCAGUUCGUGGUGGAGAUUGGUUGUGUUGUUUUAUUGCAGUCCCGAAGUCGCCCAGCAUCACUCAGUCUUGCCGUUUGUCGCUUCGGUGAUCCGUAUCCGUUCUAGCUCUUCGUUCUGCCUCCAAUCACAGCCCAGGACCGGUUCAUCCUGUUUGCAUAUAUAAUAGUCAACCUCAAGCUCAGUCUUACGAAGUUCUUGGAUCACUUUGUGUCCUACUGUUGGUCUCAAGCUCAAGAUUCCGCAACUGUGGUUGUUGGUUUUCUGUCUUGUGAAGGUUUUUAUCCCCAAAGCAACGGCUACGUAGCCUGCAUGGUGGCUCCUGUUCAAAUUCCACAAGCUCAUUCCAUUCAUGUUCCCUUUGUACUAUGCGUCUCCAGCAUAGAGGUCAAGUCAUAAUAGUUGUGUUUUUUUUUCGACAAGUUUCGUCGUCAUUGUGGUCGGGUCAUUUUCAUCAAGGUCACUCCUUGUUGCAAAGUCAAUUCAGUUUCAGAAGGCUUUUCUUCACCAACAUCGCAGUCAUGGCAUUGAGGCAAUCAUGAUCGGCAGUGGUCAUCUCUUCAAUAGCAAGUGUUGGGGAGUUACAGCUUUCGUCAACAAAAUUGUCAAGUCAUAAAGCGAGGCAGUCACGAUCCCAAUAGCGAUCGUCCCCUCAGCAUUUAGCAUCGAUCAAUGUUGAGUCUUCGCCAUUCUAACUUUCAAGCUGGGCAUUCACAUCAUUCAUGCGUCAACUUGAGGGGGAGAAUAGGCAGUCAAGUCAUUCAGGAGAUGCAGUCAACCAUCUCCACCAUAUCAUAUGGAUAGACGUAGUCAAUUGUCUUCGUCAAGUCAUGCAAGAGACGCAGUCAACCGCCUCCGUCAGGUCGUUCGAACAGACGCAAUCAACCGUCUCGUCACGACGUUCAAGAAGAUGCAGUCAACCAUCUUCAUCUGGUCGUUCAAGGGAGAGAGUCAGUCGUCUCCAAAUCAACCUUGUCCGUGAGAUUAUUCAUCUCGAGUUUUGUUGUUCAAGCUUGUCAUGCUUGUUCGUCAUAUUUCCUUUUUCAAGCUCGACAUUCUUGUCAUUCAUGUCUUCGCUUGAGGGGGAGUGUUGAGGAUAUUAAUUAUUUAGUCAAAAAUAAUUAAUUCCUUGUCCUACAAGUCCCUAGUUUUCCUUGUUCAAGUAAAAGAAGGAAACUUGGUUGUCAUUAGGGUUUUAACCCUACAUUUACGUCUAUAUAAGCUUAGCUACGAGAUUGUCGUAAGCAAGCCGUUACAAUGUAGUCCCUAAUAAAAUAUCAGUCGUGAG